AUGGACAAAAGAUCCAAACAAGCCAGUCAUUCCAUGGUCAUUUUCUCGGUGUCAUUUUAUCUCACAACCGCACUUGUUAUGGUUUUUGUAAAUAAGUGGGUUUUAAACAGUGUAGCACUUCCCUUCACCUUACUUUUCUCACAACUUGUUACGGCAGUAAUACUUUUGCAUGUUUCAAGUCUUUUUGGUAUAGUACAAUUACCAAAAAUUCAAAAGGAUAUAUGUGUUAGAGUAUUACCGUUAAUUGCGAUCAAUGUAUUGGGAUUAAGUUUUAACACCAUCUGUUUACAACACGUUGAUGCAAGCUUUUAUCAAAUUGCACGUGCUUUAGUUCUUCCUUUCACAGUUCUAUUUACAUUCAUUAUCCUAAAGAAGAAAUCGUCAUCCAUGAUACUUUUAUCAUGUUUUAUUGUUUGCAUUGGAUUUUUUAUUGGAGUGUUAUCAGAAAAACAACUUGCAGUUUCACUUCUUGGUAUCUUCUAUGGUGUAUUCUCAUCAAUCACAACGGCAUUGCAUGCAAUUGUAAUAAAGAAAAGUCUGGUUAUUACAAAGGAAAAUACAAUGGACUUGGUUUAUUAUAAUAACUUGUUAAGCUUUGUUUGUUUCAUUCCUUUGAUUUUGUUGACUGGUGAAGAACGUCAAAUUUAUCAAAUGUCCUUUGAUUCUCUUCAUACCUUCUUGAUUGGAAUUGUAAUAACGGGAUUUUUUGGAUUUUUAAUCAACAUAGCAGGAUUUUUACAAAUCAAAGUAACAUCACCAAUGUCACAUAUGAUAUCAUCAGCUUUUCGUGGUGUAAUACAAACUGUUCUUGGAGCAACAAUAUUCAGUGAUAUUCUUACUAUUGGACGUGUCAUUAGUAUUGGUAUAAUUCUUUUAGGAAGUUGUUUAUACAUUUGGAUAAAAGAUUAUGAAUCAGAACAAAUUGAAAAAAAUCAAAGACAAGUGGAAGAAAUUGACAUGAAUGAAAAAGAUUUAGAAAGUGGUCAACAACUUCUUGAAAAAGAAGAGGAAGAUGAAGUUGUUGUUAACAAUAAUGAUUAUCGCCUCCUAGCUACUCAUGAUGAUAAAGAUUAA